AUGACCCCAACACCUAAAGCAACGGCGGAACUACAGCGCAUCUUGAUUCUAUACAUCGGUGUGCUGUUCUUUGGCCUCAACCUAGUAGAGGCCGCCACCGACGCCAACGCCGCACAACACCGCGUGAUGUGUCUUCUCACCGCACUAGCCAACACCCCCAUCAAGCAAGCAGAAAUAACAGGCAGUGGCGGUUCCGCAAGAGAGACAAUCAGUGCGUUGAACGUAACAACGAGCUCAAGCGAGUGGCAAAAAAUCUUUGACACCAGUCUCAGCCGGGAAGCAGGCACAAACUUCCCAGAGACGCUCAAAGACAAGCCGUACGCAGACAUCUGGAAAGCGAACUGGGCGUCAUGGUGGAAAGCAGCAAAGCAUGCCAAAAACACUAACAUUGGCCAGCCAACACACGACCUAUACAAGCCCAUCUCAUCAGCAAUACAAAAAGCAGCCGCAAACAAGAAGAUACGGCAACUAGCACUACAAGCAGAAACCUUAGGUCGAAUGUACGACGAAGCGGCGCAACAGGCAACAAGUACCCAAAAGCAACUAGCGCAAACAAAAUUAACAGCAGCGCUGUACGGAGGCGACGGCAGCAAAGCAACACCAGGAACAGACCACACCCGCAAAGCAUUUACAACCUGGGACGCCGCAUGCACAGGAGACGAAAAUGGCAAAUCAAUCGUAGGCGACUUUUUCUGCCUUUGUGCCCCAAAAGACGGGACAACGAAAGAAUGUGCUGAUGGUUACGCCCCGACGCGCUGGGACGCCACCAUAGCAGACCCAGCGGCGGAGUGGAAAAAGCUACAGACGUCUUGCCCAACUGCUAAGCUCAGCAGCGCCAAAGAGCAUGAUAUAAGAAUGGCCAUAGGAGCGUUCCUACAAGCCUUGACUACCAGAACUCAAGGCGGCACAACAAAAACUUACCUAGGGAGCAGCGACACAGGCGCAUGCGACGGGACAAGCAGCAAGCUAUGCGUCGAUUACACCGGCUACUUCAGCAAGCAAGCAGGUAAAACCUACAAAGAUAUACCAUGGCUCAAAUCCCUCGAAGAUGCGGUUACGGCCCUAGAAAACAUGCACAAGCAGGAAGAAAAAGCAAAUAACCUCGACGCGCAGCUGGCAAACCUGCUGAAACAAGCCAAUCUUAUCUACGCCGCUGCAUUAAACGGCGACUUGAUGACCGAGACAGCGGUCAAAGCCGAAGUUGUUCCUGAAGGGAACCCAAGACAAAAUGUAAACUGCGCGCAGCAUGACAACAACAAAACUUGCGUUUCUCCAUGCAAGUGGGAAUCUAAAGGCGACAAAGGAACAUGCAAAUUAGAUGAAAGCAAAGUUACAACUCAGACAAAUACAGAAAGAACAGGAACAGGAGAUGGCGCAGCAAAACAUGGAGUAAAUUGCUCUAGCCAUGCAACCAAGGAGGCAUGCGAGGGAUUCCAAGGAACUUCAGUCCCAGGCAAAAAAGCUGUUUGUGGCUGGAUUGAAGGCAAAUGUCAGGAUUCCAGUUUUCUUGUAAACAAAAAAUUCGCCCUCAUGGUUUCUGCAUUUGUGGCCAUGCUUUUCUAA